CUGUCAUCACUCUACCACCACAGAGGGCUGCAGCACCGCACUACAGCGGAAAUGCUGGGAGCCAGAAACCGCAGGAAACACGGAACUGUCACGGACAUGAUCUGGAGGAGAGCCUUCUGCUAAUCCAACACAGCUAGUCAGCCCACCCUGAUACACACAUUCAGGAAAAACAUGGGGGGCUCUCAGAGCGUCGAGAUACCAGGUGGAGGAUCGGAAGGCUACCACGUCCUCAGAGUGCAAGAGAAUUCCCCUGGUCACCGUGCAGGACUGGAACCGUUCUUUGAUUUCAUCAUUUCCAUUUGUGACACGAGAUUGAACAAAGACAACGACACCCUAAAAGAGCUGCUGAAGAUGAACGUGGAGAGGCCCAUCAAGAUGCUGUUGUACAGCAGCAAGAUGAUGGCAGUGAGGGAGACAACUGUCACACCCAGUAACAUGUGGGGCGGCCAGGGGCUUCUGGGCGUCAGCAUUCGCUUCUGCAGCUUUGAAGGAACCAAUGAAAAUGUUUGGCAUGUCUUGGAAGUAGAGCCAAACUCACCCGCAGCCCUGGCUGGUUUGAGGGCGCAUGCUGACUACAUUAUAGGAGCCGACACCGUCAUGAAUGAGACCGAGGAUCUGUUCUCCCUCAUUGAAACCCAUGAAGGGAAGGAGCUGAAGCUGUAUGUCUACAACACAGACACAGACAACUGCCGCGAGGUGGUCAUCACUCCAAACUGUGACUGGGGUGGAGAGGGCAGUCUAGGAUGUGGGAUUGGCUAUGGCUACCUGCACAGGAUACCUACACUGCCAUUCGCUGAGGGCAAGAAGAUCAGUUUCCCUGCACGGACUCCCAAUGAACUCAAUCCUUCACCUAAAGAUGGAUUCACAGAGGUCCAUCUCUCUGCUGUCAUUCCAACCGUUCCGGUUGCUUUGUCGUCCUCUGCAUCGACUGGAUUAGAGCAGUCUCUCACUGGCUUUUCAGUCAGCUCUAAUCCAACCACUGUCCUAAGCAAUCUACAGACAGGAGCCCCCACAGUUCCACUGUCCAGCCAUGUCCCCUCCUUACAAAGCUCUUCCCUGCCCGUCAGUUCUGCUCCAACAAUACCAGGCUUAAGGCCCUUACACGGAGGUCUUCCACCAUUGCCUAAUUUACCAAACCACAACAUCACCAUGCCAGACAUGGGCCAAGUGCUGGCACCUGGAGUUGGAUUGCAACAUGCAGGUCUUCCACUUCCUCCUCUCAACCUCCCUGGUGUUACUCUGCCUCCAUCUGACCUUAUUCUUCCCCCCAUCACUGCUAAAUCGGCUCCUGCUGUUACACAGAAUACCACAUCUCCCUCUAUCCAAAUGAACAGGUCACUGACCAAUACCCCAAUCCAAUCGUCAGUGACCACCUCUGAAUCAAUAAAUAUCACUAUGUCUGUAGACUCAUCUUAGCAGAGAACACCAUUUAAGGUUGUCAGCUUGCCCUGAAGUCUUUAUACAAUAUAGACAGUCUAUUAGCUGCAGCACUCAGUUGACAAAUUGCUCCUAAACAGUGUUAGGUUUGUUGUACAAGUGCUCCAGUAUCUCGAGGAUACUGGAAUUACACUGCUGGUUUUCCUAAUUGCAGCAAAACUCAAGUUUUCCUAAGAAUUAGGUGUCAAAAGAAAAACAUCCAGGCACCUUAAGAGAAGAUUGUUGAUGGACAGUGAAAGAAUAAUUACAAGAGUCAUUCAAAACCUACAAAUAUACACUCUCCAGCAGGACAAGAUUUUAAAAUCAUUCAUAACUCAAUUGUAGUAAAAGGUAUGUUAACAAAAACUACGUGGACUUUUUGAUUUUUGCAACAAGUGUAAAACGUGGGGAACAAGUUACUUUCAAAUAUGAAAGUCAGUAUCCUUGCAGCUUCGAAUAGUAUACUACUGAGGAGUUUCCUUUAGAUAAGCAGGUUUGCUUGAUGCUUUAGCCAUGAAAUAUUAAAUGGUUUUGGUUUUGUACAAAAAAUAAUUUGUAAACGUUACCUUGAUUAAACUAAUGUAUUUUCUCUA